UGAUGGUCCACUCACGUAAAAAUAAUCGCUAUCUAAAUCAUAAAUUUUGUUUGGGGGAGGGGGGCUUAAUUUGAUGUCAUGCAUAAAGUUAGCAGUGUGGUUAAGGUUAGGUGUAAAAUACAAUUUUAAGAAGAUAAUUUGUAGAAAUAGGCGGGGUUUAUGACUUAGUGGCUUUGGUAACUAGUAACGACCGGUGAUAACAUGCUAACGUUAGCUAGUUAAACAAAGUAAACAUACUAGCUGGCUCUCUAGCGUGUUGGCUAACAUACAACGAAUGGGUGCCUAGUUACUCCACAACAAAACAUAUAUUAAGGAGAUAUUAAAGAUAUCUACAGUAAUAGCAGGCACCACAGUAGCUAAGAUGGAGGUGCUGUGUUUCCGGUUGCCAGGUCACGGUGACGCCACCCUGAAGAGCAUGAACUCUCUGAGGUCCAGGCAGCAGUUCUGUGACAUCACCAUUGUGGCCAGCGGCAGGCAGACAUUCCGUGGACACAAAGUGGUCCUGGCUGCCUGCUCCCCCUUCCUCAGGGACCAAUUCCUGCUUAACCCUUCCUCUGAACUGCAGGUGUCAGUCCUUCACAGUUCCUCGGUGGUAUGUGAGCUGCUCCAGUCCUGUUACACCGGUGUGCUGCAGUUCAGCCCCAAGGAGAUAGUGAAUUACCUGACGGCUGCUAGUUACCUGCAGAUGGAGCAUGUUGUGGAGAAGUGCCGGGGAGCCCUGGGCAAGUACAUGCAGCCAAGGAACCCCAGCUCACCAAAGAUCAAGUCAGAAGAGAGUCACUCGAUGCCAGUGACAGUCAGUGGCAGCAGUCAAUCCCUUAUGUCGACCUCUACUGAUCAUUCCCCCUCACUGCAGCCUCACAGCCCUGUACAGUCUCAGGUUGAUGACCAUACAGACUCGCACACUAAGACAGAUAUACGACACGAUGACGAACAUAACACUCUGGAUGAGAUCAAGGUGAGGGUAACAGAGGAGGACGAGGGCAGGGACGAUUAUGACAUGUUCCGAAUCUGCAUCGAGGAUGAGCAGGAGCCGGAAGAGAGGCGAGAGGUAGAGGAGGGCGGUGAGGAAGCCACAGAGGGCCAACAGGGGGGCCAGUACCCAGAUACGGACAGUGUCAUAGUGGGAGGGGGCGAGGGGGACGACAUGACCCCAGCCGAAAUGGCUAUCCGCAUCAGCAGCUUCGAGAGGGAAGGGCUCCGCGCCUGGAGGCGGCGACUCACUGACUCACCGAAAGUGGGCCGGGGGAGGGGCUUCAAGAGGAAGCGUGGCUCGUACCAUGAGAGGGAGAGGAGGCCUCUAGGUAUGCAGUACCAGGAGGCGUGGCGUCUGCCCACCGGGGCAGAGAUGAUGCAGAGCUAUGGCCUGGACUUCAGCCAGGAAGCCACGAGGUCAGCGUUCCUCUCGGGGAGCGAGCUCCCACGGCUAGACUACGGGAUGGGGGACUCUCAGGGAGAGGAGCUGGUGCCUCGGGAUGGGAAUGGGUCGGUCCACUACAGCCUGGAUGACCCCAGUGGUGUUGGAGGGGAGGGUAAUAUGGGAAUGUCGGCUGUGCCAACAGGUGGUGACGAGGCGGGGGAUGAGUCUGUCGCAGUGGUAGGCUCCACCUCCAGCACAGCGGGACCGGUGGCUUGCGAGCAAUGCGGCUUGACCUUCCCCUCUGCCCCCUCCCUGGCCGUCCACUCGCGCGCCACCCACUUGCUGUACGUGUGCCCCUGCUGCGGCAAGCACUUCAACCACUCCAGCAACCUCAACCGUCACAUGACCGUGCACCGCGGUGCCAAAGUCCACCGCUGCCAGCUCUGCGACAAGACAUUCACCCAGAAGUCCACGCUGUGCGAUCACAUGAACCUGCACAGCGGUGAGCGGCCCCACUGCUGCGCCUACUGCCACUCACGCUUCGCCCACAAGCCGGCGCUGCGGCGCCACCUCAAAGAGCAGCACGGGAAGACGACCGCUCAGAACAGCCUGGAGGCACAGGCCGAGAUGGAGAAAGUGUCAGGGCCAGGGGAAGGAGAGGGAGACACUCAGGACAGAUUUGACUUUUGACAAGGACACUGUCCAAAGUGUACUCUCAUUGACUAAGCAUUACAGGUUUCGGUUGGAGGUAAAGAGGGGUUAUUCAAGCAAGCGUGCCUUUUGCUCUAAUGGCCAAAGAGUGGUUUGGAGUGUGCCUUCAGACUUAAGGGUUGGAAAAGAGGUAAGUGUGUGCUGGAGGGACCAACUAAGACCUUGAAAGGGAAAACCCCUCCUUUUAGACCUGGGGUGCACAACUCUGGUCCUCCUUUUGGGCCGAAGUGUAUGCUGGUUUUAUAUGGCCAGUCAAUGACAUGGAUUGAUUAUUUAUCUUAUCUUAUUUAAUUGAAGGGGGGAAACGAUGACCUACACGACCGUGGUUCUGGAGGACUUGAGUUGUGUAAACCUCAGUUUUAGAUCUGUCUCAUUUGUAACUCACUGGCUGACCAAUAAAAUAUUUUUUAUUUGUGUA